AUGCCUGUCUUCUCCAACGACGUCUCCUAUCAGACUGCCACAGUCACGGCCACAGCCACUCAUCCGCGCUCGUUCGAAUCAGUCCGAAAGUCGCAUGAUAAGACCCCCGUCGGAAAUACGUUCCUGUGGACUAACUGGCCCAACGGCGACGACGCGAAUAACGACUCUCAUCAGAAUGACAGGAACCUUUUGACCGACCUGAAGAACGGUAGUACAUACUCCCUGAAUGGCCCUCGCUCUAGUGUCGGCUCGUACACGCGCGACCCGCCCCUGUCCAAGGACGGCAGCAUGCAGUCGGUAGGCAAUGGGCCCGUCAGGGAUCCCCGCGAGAACGGCCGGCCGUCCGCCAUGCUGGACCGAAAACCUUCGGACACUGGACCGGGAGCUAUCUCCACAACCACAUCCCCUUCUAGUCAACAACCCAAUGGCACUGCAAAUGGCCGACCUGUUCAGGGGAAACUUAUGGUCAAUGGAGAUAGUUAUCCGCCCUACGAUGAGUCUUCGAUCUCGCCGUCGGCCUCGCUCUUACAGAUCCCGCAGCAGGAUGAGACCGGCCGUUUUUCUCCAGACCCUGAUCGCCUGGCACCAAAUUCGAAGCCCAGCCAACCGCGUCAUGCCUCCCCACCCGCCUCAUCUACACACGAUGUCGCUCCCGUGCCAGAAUCGCAGAACUCUAAUAUGCGACAGCGAAAUUCAUUGCAGGUUCCAAGAACGCCUAGUGUUCGACGAGAAAGCGCAGAAUGCAAUGAUGAUGCUGCGUAUAGCACUGGCCGAAUGUCACCGACGACCGGCUUCCGACGCGCGUCAGUCGGUCUUAUUCGACGGGCAACGAAAACCAGCACCCAGCAAGAUAUCACUUUGGAUGAGACACCGCCGGAUGAAGAUGCAGCCCGAUGGGCCGAAGCUAUCAAACAAAAGCGAGCCUCGCGACGACGUCGCGAAGAGGAGGACGACGACCGGGUGAUUGUGGGCACCAAGGUGGACCAGAACCACGUCAACUAUGUAACCGCAUACAACAUGUUGACUGGUAUCCGCUUUACGGUCUCGAGAAUCAACGCGAAAAUGGACCGGGAACUCACCCCGGCGGACUUUAAUGCCAGGCACAAGUUCUCCUUUGACAUAACCGGCAACGAACUGAUUCCCUCCGCCAAAUACGACUUCAAGUUCAAAGACUACGCACCUUGGGUAUUCCGACACCUUCGUGCCAAGUUUCGCCUCGAUCCUGCCGACUACCUUAUGUCUCUCACAAGCAAGUACAUUUUGUCGGAACUGGGUUCCCCUGGCAAGAGCGGGAGUUUCUUUUACUUCUCGCGGGACUACAAGUACAUUAUCAAGACCAUUCACCAUUCCGAGCACAAGCUUCUCCGGAAGAUUCUUCCUGAGUACUACCGGCACGUGGAGAACAACCCAAGCACUCUCAUCUCACAAUUCUACGGAUUGCACCGAGUCAAGAUGGCAUACGGCCGAAAGAUCCACUUCGUCGUGAUGAAUAACCUGUUCCCGCCCCACCGGGAUAUCCACCAGACAUUCGACCUGAAGGGCUCGACGGUUGGCCGUGAUCUACAAGAGUCAGAUCUCGAAAGAAACCCUAGAGCAACUAUGAAGGACCUCAACUGGGUUCGUCGCAACCGUCACAUAGAAUGUGGCCCGGCAAAACGAGAAUUCUUCCUUGAGCAAUUGAAACGCGACGUUGUGUUGCUUCAAAGGCUCAAGAUAAUGGACUAUUCUCUUCUGGUAGGCAUCCAUGAUGCAGGUAGGGGCAAUGAAGAGAAAUUGCGUGACAAGACGCUUCAGGUCUUCCAACCAGGAGGUAAUCGCGAAGAGGAUACGGCUCCGACUCCCAACAACCUGAUGCGCACUCCAUCGAAAUUGGAGAAUGAACGCAAGGCCCGGGAGCUGCGCAUGCUUAUCAAACGUGAACGGCCUGUUCCAUUAGACAAGGCAGCUGCGAAGAUGCCAGAAGAAAUCCUCGAUGAACGGAAAUAUCAUGUCUUCUACGCGGAUGAUGGAGGUUUCCGAGCCACCCAUGAGAAUGGCCAACCCGGUGACGAGAUCUAUUACCUCGGUAUUAUUGAUUGCUUGACUCAUUACGGGACCACCAAGAAAUUCGAGAACUUUUUCAAAGGACUCUCGCAUGACCGGGGACAGAUUUCUCCAAUCCCGCCAGAGAGCUACGGAGAGCGCUUCAUUAAUUUCAUCAAGGGAAUCACCAUGUCAAAGGAAGAAGCCGAACGACGACGCGGUUCCGCAUCUGGUGCACCUCAGCAAUCAACUGAAAAGCCAAGUUCGAGAUCCUCUUCUGUCGAAAGAACAAUGCAAGCAGCGGAGAAGGAGGCAUCGAAAGACGUGUCCGUCACACAUCCUAGAACAUUAGCCACUGUUUGGGACCCAGCAGAUGCCGGGGGUCCCGGCCCGACUUCGACUCUUCCCAUUGUGGAUGAAGCCGGCGAGGCUAGCAGUGUCGGAGGGCGCAGCUCACACAGCCGACACGGCCCUCCAGCAUCAGACAAGGCAUUGCCUCCCAUCCCUCGCAGCGGUCCAUCGGCACCCGGCAAAGGCAAGGAAGUUGACCGGCGCAAUUUUCCGACUCCCAACCCGGCCCGACGUUAG